ACCGAGAAAGACGUGGCUUCGAUCCGUGAGUCCGAAACGAGUUGAUUCGAUGGGUAUCGUUGAGUGAUUAUUAGACGGGAAAAAUCAAUUCCUGUAAGAAAGUUGCGUUCAAACAUAGUUAUAUUUAAAUUAAUCAUAACAUUUCCCAAACUUCAUUGACUGGGACUGCGACAUGCCUUCACUUUUGGAUGCGUAAUUUAAAUCGGUAGUUUUAAUUUAUUUUCGAAGUGCGUAAAACCAGAACUGUUAGUGCUCGUUUACUACAAUAUGUUUUCGUUUAUCAAUGAACAUCGACGGCCAAGUCGCACAAACAUCGCAUUCAUAAUAUACAUUUCGCUUUUUCUAGAUAACAUGUUGCUAACGGUUAUUGUUCCAAUACUCCCCGACUAUCUUGUUCAUUUCUAUUCUGACUCGAACACAUCUAUCGCGAUACCAAAAAGUGUUAUAUACAAGAAGUUCGAUUUCCACUAUGUUCCCAAGCUCAUUGGCGCCACCAAGGGUCAUGUUACCCUCGAGAACCUCACCAUAACCGAUCAAGCGACACUAGAGACGGAAAAUGGAUCGAUCGGGAUAUUGUUGGCUGUGAAGGCACUAGUUCAACUGGUGUUCAAUCCAAUCGUGGGAAACAUAUCGUCCAAGAUAGGCUAUAGCAUUCCGAUUGCUUUCGGAACAAUGAACCUUUUGAUUGCAUCGAUUAUUUUUGCCUUGGGCGAAUCAUACGUUUCACUGUUCAUAGCACGAGCAAUUCAUGGAGUUGGAUCUGCCUGCAUAAGCGUUUGUGGGAUGAGUUUAGUUGCUCAGAUGUACAUUGAACCGGAGAAACGAUCGAAAAUCAUGGGAACGAUUCUUGGAAGCAUUGCUGUUGGCGUGCUCGUCGGGUAUCCGUUUGGUGGAAUAGUUUACGACAUCGCUGGUAAAGAUGCGCCAUUCUACAUUCUGACAGUCCUUACUCUGACUACAUUCAUAAUGCAGUUAUGUAGCUUAGAUUUCUCCGUGCGUCAGCACAUGUCCUCAUUGAUAGGAGAUGAGGGUCACUCCAAGUGGUUGCCACUUCUGAUGGACAGGCUAAUCAUCAUCGUAGUCGGUUGCAUUUGGAUAUCAACAUCGGCUAUGUCUAUUUUGGAGCCAUGUUUGCCUCUGUGGAUGAUGGAGAAGCUCCAUCCAAAGAAGUGGCAGCUGGGAACGGUUUUCAUACCUGACUCCAUAGGAUAUUGGAUUGGAACAAACUUCUUCGGAGGAAUCGCUUACAAGUUUGGACAGAUCAAAAUAGCUAUAGUUGCGUUGAUUUUAGUCGGCAUUUCUUGCAUCAUGAUUCCAUCGGCCAACGCAGUUUUUGAAUUGUUUUUGCCGCAUUUUGGGUUGGGAUUGGGAAUCGGCAUUUUGGACGCGUCUCUAGUACCGCUUUUAGCAACGUUGGUUGAUAGCCAAUGCGGAAGCGAUAACGAAAGCGACAUUUGCGAAGUUACACCGAACUAUGGAGCAGUAUACGCUAUUCAACAGAUUGCAGUAAGUUUGGCGUAUUCAUUGGCGCCAAUCGUCGGCGGCGAACUGGUGCCAUUAAUAGGAUUUCCAUGGUUGAUGCGAAUAAUGGGUAUUGCCAAUCUCAUGUACGGGCCGCUGUUAAUUUACUCCGGAAUUCGCGAAAGUGUUCAAAAAGUUCUACAGAAACAAUCGGCGAUGCCGUUGACGGCGGCGGCGGAAUUCACUGCCGGUGACGGAAACUAUAAGCGUUUCUACAAUACAGUAGACUGAACACAAAAUGCUCUGUGUGUAACUACCUUCAAUGAAAAUUCGACGAAAAAUUACUUUAGCUACCAAUGAAGUGUGAAGGAUUGAGUCGCUUAUCGCAUCCGAACACACGCAACAGACUCUUAUUAAUGUAGGGUAUUAAUCUAAAUCUAAACUUCAGCUGGAUGUUGUGGUAAGAAUUUUAUGU